AAAUGGACAAUACAAAAUUAGCCUUAGAGAUUUGUCAGGGACUACGACCUAAUAUAGAUGAAAUUCCAAUGCCUCAAUUAUUAAAAGAUUUAGUUAAGAAAUACUUAGAGGACAAAUUAAAAGAAGAAGGGAUUUCAAAAGAAAAAGUCCAGAUUAUUAUUAAUUAUUGUGAAAGAUUUAGCAAGUCAGAGCAAGAAUUAGAACAAGAAAAGUUGCAAGCCCAAAUUGAAACCCCUCCUAAAGUGACAACCUCUUCGAUACACUUUAUAAUGCAGCAACAACAACCUCAAAUUGAAAUUCCUCCUAAAAACAAUAACUAA